AUGACCCGGGCAUGUGAGUUCUGUCGCAGACGCAAGAUCAGAUGCGACACAAAGAAACCUACCUGUUCUACAUGCCGGAAUAGCAAUAGGUUAUGCAUCUACCACAACGGCCCUCAGAAGCAACGUCCUUCACGAGCACGAAUCGAAAUCCUGGAGGAAGAGAAAGCAGAAUUGGAGAGUGCCCUGGACUAUUUGAUGAACGCCAAUGAGACCCAAAGAUGUGCUCUACUCGAGAGUGUAAGAGUCCAAAACAGAUGGGAGUCGACCGACCGAGGUACCAUAAUGGCUGCGCCGUCAUUGCAGCAGCAUUGCCACGAAGUUGCCCAUGCUGUCGGAAGCCAGAUAGAUCAACCACCACUGAGCGGUCUCGGAUGUGUUCGAUCUGUUACGAGAUCCCGAGUUGAUGACACCGAUGAUGUAAACGGUGCAGACUUCAACACCCCGAGGAAUGAAGGGAAUAUACAGACAAACAUUGAGAGUGUCGUUUCCCCCAGCGAGAAAAACAAAGGCUGUACUACGGGGGAGUCUAAUUUGAGAAAUGGAAACAACCAAGUCGGCGAUGGCAUUUUCAUUUCAACUUCGGUGGUUCAUGUUAACAGUCCAAUGCAAGCUGUGGACCUCGCCCGUUCCCAUGAUUUGCAAGGAGUAUCAACAGAGUCGCUAGGGUACCAGUUAAUUGCCAAUGCUGCAAUGGAGCGACAGCGGGAACAUCGACUCCGUCGUUUGAAAUUCAUAAGGGGAAUACCGGCGGAUCUGGCGCUUCAUCUGCUUAAUCUUCACUGGAGCAGGCAGCACCAUACAUUUCUGUUGACGUAUCGGCCGGCUUUCAUGCGAGAACUGGAACAUGGUGGACCAUACUGCUCGGAUCUCUUGCUGUAUGCUGUGUUUGCGUGUGCAUCCAAAUUCUCCGAACGGCCAGAUGUGCGCAGUAUCCCUGCCGACCCAGGGACAACAGGUCAGCGGUUUUUCACUCGCUGCGACGAGCUCUUAAUGGGCGAGGGCUUGCUCCUUCAAUCGAGUAUACCUACUGUCAUUGCGUUGGUUAUGCUUGGGUCGACAUUCAUCGCUAGAGGUAUGACUUCCAAGGGCUGGUUAUAUACCGGCUAUGCCAUGCGUAUGGUGUACGACCUGGGUCUGCACAUAGACUCGCAAGAGGCCCAUAGACAUAAUGCCGAGGAUAUUGAAAUUCGGCGACGUGUCUUCUGGGGAGCUUUUGUGUGCGAGAAACUCCAAAGUCUGUACCUCGGACGACCUCCUACAAUCAGACUUCAGGAUGUGCAUGUCUCACAGAAUUUUUUGGAUACUUUCGAAGAGCUAGAGCCGUGGGAGCCCUACGAUGAUACUGCCAUACAAGGCACAAGUGAUAGUACGGCCUUCCCUGCAGUGGCUUCGGCAUAUUCGGUGACCGUCUUCCAACAACUCUGUCUACUCUCUCAAAUCAUGACCCGGAUCAUUGACAAGAUAUAUUUUGUUGGAGCUACUGCCUCGAAGACACUUCAUGAAAUCCGCCCCCUCGACGAAGCCUUAACAGCAUGGUACCACGACCUUCCAGCUCAUCUAACUUACGAGCCCUGGGCGACAGAUCUGAAAUGUCCACCCGAUACGGUUGCACCAAAUCGUAUAGUAAUCUUGACAACUUAUCAUGCGCUUAUCAUUCUGUUGCAUCGGCCCUUUACCACAGCACCUAGAAGUGGAACGAGCAAUCAUAAUGAUGCCUCUAUCAUUGGAACAUCGGCUUUCUCGUGGAUAAGAUGUACGAAAGCAGCACGAAAUAUUACUAGACUUGCCUUGAGCUACAGAUCUAUCUACCCGUUGCGCAAGUCUAGCUACUUGCUAGGCUACUCUGUUUACGUCGCAUGUACAAUUCACGUGCUCAAUACUGCAUCCCUUUCGACUGCCAGCGACAGGAAUGCAUUUAACGAAUCUUCAACGUUGCUUACCAAAAGCUUGAAGUGCUUGGAUGAACUAGCAGUUCCAAAUUCGGGAGCUGCCGAUACGGCGCGUAUUAUACGGAAGCUUAUGGCUGCCCGUGGUGUCCAAGAGUCACCAACUCCAGCAGAUUUUCAGGUUCUGGCACUUCCUCAAUCCUCCGACCAUGGUGGACAGUUUUCCAAUGGCUCUCCAAUAUAUGACAUGGAACAGAUGCAACCUUUCGUGGAUAUUUUUGAUCCUGGUCAAGACUUGCUGUUCGGGUUUAUGAAUGAAAACUUGUCUCUUACAAACUUUGAGAUGAGCCUACACCUUGAACAAGAGGACGAAAGAUGA